AGGCGGGACCCGGCCGCCUCCUCCCUCCCUCCUUCACUCCCUCCCUCCCUCCCUUCUUCCCUGCCUCCCUCCCGGGCUCGCUGCCUCCCGGCCUCCCUCCCGCGACCGCUCGGAGCCGCCCCGGCCCCAGCAUGGCGGAGCACUUCGACCGCACUCCCGGCGCCGGCCGGGAUCGGGGCCGUGGAGGCGCGGCGGACGGCGGCGGAGGCGGCGCGGCCUGCCCGGGGGGCGACGGCUCCCCCGGCUCGGAGGCGGCCGAGGCGCUGCCGACCAAAGCGGGCGGCCCCCCGCAGCAGGAGGGCCUGCGGCCUCCCAAGACGGCAGCGCCGGGCAGCGGUGGCGCAGGUAAGGCAGAACACCUGCAACAAACAAGAAUUCCAUUUGAAUCACAAGAUAAAGCUUCAGUUCCUGAUUCUGGACCAGAAAUGGCUAAACCUCAGGUGGCUGUGGCUCCUGUGGUAGUAUCAAAGCUGUCGGUUAAAGCACCUGAGUUUUAUCCAUCAGGAUACAACAUGAACUUUACUCAGAACUUUGUGGAUUCUUCCUAUGAAGAUGGAUAUGAUGGCUAUCUGACUUUGGCAGAAUAUGUACAAGACUUCCUAAACCAACUCACUGAGCAGCCAGGUUGUUUUGAAACUGAAAUAGAACAGUUUGCUGAAUCACUGAAUGGCUGGGUUACUACUGAUGAAGCUUUGCAAGAACUUGUUGAGCUCAUCUAUCAGCAGGCAACGUCUGUCCCAAAUUUUUCCUACAUGGGAGCACGGUUGUGUAACUACCUAUCUCACCAUCUAACGAUUAGUCCGCAAAGUGGGAACUUCCGACAGUUAUUACUUCAAAGGUGUCGAACAGAGUUUGAAAACAGAGAUGAAGCCGCAAAAGGAGAUGAGGAUACUCGAAAACAAUUUCAUGCCUUUGUGCUGUUCUUAGCUGAACUUUAUCUUAACCUAGAGAUUAAAGGAACAAAGGGUCAGGUAACACGAGCAGAAAUUCUUCAAGAAGGCCUUCGAGAAUUACUAAAUGCACUUUUCUCCAAUCCUGUGGACAGUAAUUUGAUAUGUGCAGUGAAACUGCUGAAGUUAACAGGCUCAGUUUUAGAAGAUGCCUGGAAAGAAAAAGGAAAGAAUGACAUGAAUGAAGUGAUCCAACGAAUUGAAAAUGUUGUGUUGGAUGCAAACUGUAGCAGAGACGUGAAACGUAUGCUUUUGAAACUAGUAGAACUGCGAUCAAGUAACUGGGGAAGAGUUCAUGGAACUUCUUCACAUACAGACGCCACCCCUGACAAUGACCCGAACUAUUUUAUGAAUGAGCCAACAUUUUACACUUCCGAUGGCAUUCCUUUCACUGCUGCUGAUCCAGAUUACCAAGAAAAAUAUCAAGAGCUGCUUGAAAGAGAAGAUUUCUGCCCAGAUAAUGAAGAAAACGGAACAGAUUUACCGGGAGCUGACUAUCUGUAUUUUGAUGACAUUGAUGACGAGAUGGAUCCAGAAAUUGAAGAAGCAUAUGAAAAAUUCUGUCUAGAAUCGGAACAUGAGAGAAAAGAGUGAGAUGUUAAACAUAAAUCUUAGUUUAUUAAAGCAGUUUAGGCAUGGUUAGAAUACAUGGGGAUAUAAAACUUGUAACAUUUGUACCAAAAUAAGGAAGUUGAGUUUCUCCAAGUACUAAAGAUACACAAUUUCCAUUUUGUUAAACAGAAUCUGCCAAAAAUUGUAAACUUAUGUCCUGUAUCUUAAAAUGUUGUGUAUAUAUCAUAGUUUAUUUUAUGUACAGGUAUAUGAACAAUGUUUUGGCUGCAAUAAAAAUUGAUUUAAAAAGUGUCAUAACGGAAAUUAAAGUUUAACUAAAGGGGAUCUGUCCCAUAUUUCCCUUUUUGGGAGAAGGGGGAAGAAUAACGUGAUCUAACUUUAAUUGCUUGCUUGCUGGUUCUAGUAUACAUUAGGAGUUAUUCAUCCUUUUUGCCAUAUACAAGCUAUCUUUUUUUUUUUUCUGCUAAGGAGAAUAUGGUCCAAAUAUGGCUUACCUGUUCUGUAGAUCAUGAGAAUUGGUUUGUUAAGGUUUUGUAUCGUGUGGGUUAUUUUGUGGCUUCUUUCUUUCUCUUCUUCCUCUCCCCAAACCCACUGGGGUGAGGUCUUGACAUUUUUUCCUGGAAUAAACAUGUGAUAUGUUGAUAUUGUGAAAAAGCAAGCAGUAUUUUGAAAGUCAGGUGCUUUCAAGACAUGUGGUUCAGAUAAGCUUAUUUUCAAUUUCUACAUGCAAAAAUGAUCCUUUAAAUAAUUUGCUGUGUUCUUCAAGAUUACCUGAAUAUAGUUAUAGUUUAACCCAUGCUCCUCAAAAGUAUGUGCAGUGCUCAAUAUAUUUUUGAAUGUAUCUAACAUGUCUAACCUUCUGGAAACCCUUGUAACUUUUUCCAUUCUAAUUAUUUUGUAUAAUUUGUCCUAAUUUUGUAGUUUGAAUACAUUCAUAUAUUUCAAAUAUGUUAACAUUCUGAAGCCAACUACUCUUCUUUGACCCAAUAUAAUCACGUUAGUGUCCCUAGGAUAUUCCAUUGCUGUUGGUGUUGCCAAACUCAGUUGUACUGUUUCCUGUUAUCUGUUACUGGUUAGACUAAGUAGAACCCCCUUGCAAAAUAAAAAAUAAAAAAAAAUAUUAAAAAAAAAAAUCCCAAAAAGUAGCUACUGUAAAGAACAUGUUGUAAAUAUGCAUGUAAAUAAUUCUGUUAAUAUUUCACUGUACUACGUUUGGUUAAAUAACUUGUGUGUCUGCUAAUACAGUGAGCACUGACUGUUUUCUGGAUGUUAAAACAUUCGUUUAGGUUGGAGUUUUUGGAAAAUAAAAUUUAACUAGCUUUGU